AUGAGAGGAAAGACUUGCUGCUACGCACAAACAGAGAGAUUUGAUCUGUGAGUUUAACUUCUGUCCUGGUCAGUGUGCAGUAAACCCAUCUUCAGCGAACGUUGCUUCUAAAACACUCUGCAGCGGCUUGUUGCUUCCACAGAACAGCAUAAAAAGUUUGGGAGAAAAGUUAAGGACAUCAAUGUGGAACUGGACGCGACCCGUGGAGCUAUCUCUAACGGCAAAUUAGUACAGCCAAACAUUUUUAAAUGUGAUCAAACGCAUUCUUCUGAAUUAAGAAGCAACUUGUGGAUUUAACAUCGCAAGACUUUUGACAGACUUUUUCUAUUGCGCUUUAUUGCACCGAUUCCUUUUUUGUGUGUAUGAACGGUUGCUACCGGCAAUGGAAGUAAGUGCGGAUCAGCCCCGGUGGAUGAGUCACCCCCACCCAGCGGUACUGAACGGCCAGCAUCCUGACUCGCACCACCCGGGCAUCGGUCACUCGUACAUGGACCCCUCUCAGUAUCCUAUCACUGAGGAUGUGGAUGUACUCUUUAAUAUCGAUGGACAGGGUAAUCACGUCUCUCCUUAUUACGGAAACUCCGUCAGAGCCGUUCAGAGAUAUCCUCCCCCGACUCACAGUAGUCAGGUUUGUCGUCCACCCCUCCUCCACAGUUCACUGUCCUGGCUGGAGAGCAGCAAAGCCCUGAGCUCUCAUCCCAGCACAUCGCCCUGGAACUUGAGCCCAUUUCCUAAGACCUCGCUGCACCACGGCUCCCCGGGAGCCCUGUCGGUAUACCCACCGGCCUCGUCGUCCUCGCUGUCGGCCGGCCACUCAAGCCCACACCUCUUCACCUUCCCCCCGACCCCUCCCAAAGAUGUCUCACCGGAUCCAGGUAUCGCGACCCCUGGCUCGGGCAACGCCAGUCGGCAAGACGAAAAAGAGUGCAUAAAGUACCAGGUGUCCCUGGCGGAAAGCAUGAAACUGGAGUCGGCCCACAGUCGGAGCAUGGCUUCCAUCGGAGCGGGGGCGUCCUCUGCCCAUCACCCCAUUGCCACUUACCCGUCCUAUGUUCCUGAAUAUGGCCCCGGGCUCUUCCCACCAAGUAGCCUGAUAGGUGGGUCACCUUCUAGUUAUGGUUCCAAAACAAGACCAAAAACAAGGUCCUGUUCAGAAGGCAGAGAGUGUGUUAACUGCGGGGCCACCUCUACCCCUCUUUGGAGGCGUGAUGGCACGGGUCACUACCUUUGUAACGCCUGCGGACUGUAUCACAAGAUGAACGGGCAGAAUCGCCCCCUCAUCAAGCCCAAGAGAAGGCUGUCUGCGGCUAGGAGGGCAGGUACUUCAUGUGCCAACUGUCAAACGACCACGACGACGCUGUGGCGUCGAAACGCCAAUGGGGACCCCGUCUGUAACGCCUGCGGGCUUUACUUCAAACUGCACAAUAUUAAUCGGCCUCUGACCAUGAAGAAGGAAGGCAUCCAGACCCGCAACCGGAAGAUGUCCAGCAAGUCGAAGAAAAGCAAAAAGUCCCAGGACAGCAUGGACGAGUUCUCCAAAAGUCUGGUGGAGAAAGGCAGCUCCUUCAGUCCCUCCGCCCUCUCCAGACACAUGAGCACCUUCCCGGCCUUCUCUCACUCGGGUCACAUGCUCAGCACCCCCACGCCCAUGCACCCCUCCUCCGGCCUGCCCUUCGCUCCCCAUCACCCAUCCAGUAUGGUCACGGCGAUGGGGUAGGCCUGCCCACCUCAUGUCCCGCCUCCUUCCCCGCCCACCAUCCCACCAACCUUGCCCUCCACCCAACUUUGGAAAAAAGAGACAUGCUUUCUGUUUGGUCUAAAGUCAAGUGUACCUCUCUAGGACUGAAAGCCCCCAAGACUGUAAUGAUGGCCCCCUCUCCCCCCGGGGAAAGCGAGGUCUCUCCGAGGGGGAACGGUGACAGCUGGGACCACCCCAGCCCCCCCCCGGGCUGACUGUUGCACGGGGACCCCAUUUACUGUACAAAAGCCAUUUUUUUCACUGAGAAGCGAUGAAAGGAGAAAAAAAAUGAAAAGAAAAAAGAAUGACCAUAUGUAGACUAUCCGCCAUGUGAUAUGGGGUGGGGGGG